AUGAAUUUCCAAAGGCUCCUGUUGUUGUGCUGCUGGUUGCAAGUCGUGAAAGGAAACCUAUUUCAAGAGCAGCUUGGCACAUUUUCAGAGAUUUUUCACUCUCUUCCUGGCCAGUUCUGGAAUUCAGACUGUGAGAAUAAAGAGAUGACGGACAUCUCGAAGCAGAAUGCAAAUACUUUGGAGGCCUGGUCCUUUUUGAUCCAGGAUGGUUAUCAAGAGAUACUAAGCUGGUACUGCAGUGUACACGAGUGCUGUGAAUCAGGAGAUUGCCGGCUAAUUAACAACAUCACGGGACUUGACCACGACCUGAACAAAAAGUUACAUGGACAGCACCUGGCCAAGGAAGUUGUGGUAAAGGCAGUGAAAGGUUUCUUAGCAACCGAAAACCCAGAGAAAGCACUGGCACUUUCUUUCCAUGGUUGGUCUGGUACUGGCAAGAACUUUGUGGCCAAAAUGAUAGCUGACAACCUGUACCGGGAUGGACUGAGAAGCCCAUGUGUGCAUUUCUACAUUGCUCCUUUCCACUUUCCACAUGCCAACAUGGUUGACAUCUAUAAGACUCAACUCCGGCAGUUUAUCCAGACAGCUGUACAACAAUGCAAACGAUCCUUGUUUAUAUUUGAUGAGGCGGAAAAGUUGCAUCCAGGCCUCAUUGAUGCUAUCAAGCCUUACAUUGAUCAUUAUGACCAUGUGGAUGGGGUGGAUUUCAGAAAGUCCAUGUUUAUUUUCUUAAGCAAUAUAGGAGGAAACUCCAUAAAUAGGGUGACACUGGAAUUUUGGCGUGCUGGGCAAAAUAGAGAGGAUAUCACUAUGGAAGAUUUGGAGCACCAGAUCCAAAGAGAAGCUGCAACAUCAAAAGGUGGAUUUGCGCACAGUGGCCUUGUGACUGAAAACCUAAUUGACUUCUUCAUCCCUUUCUUACCACUGGAGUACAAGCAUGUUAAGUUGUGUGUGCGUGAUGCUCUUCUGUCCAGAGGAAUCCAGUAUGAUUUCGACAUUCUAGAUGAAGUAGCUAAGGGAAUGCUGUAUGUUCCAAAGGAGGAAAAGCUUUUCUCUGCACAGGGCUGCAAAUCAGUUGCACAACGGGUCAACUUUUUUCUUCCGUAAAGCUUUAAGGGGUUCAAGAAAAAUCCACAAGAACAAAGUAUUAGAAUGGAACUUGAAUGGCAAAAAAAAACUCUAACACUCAGCAGAAAAGUCAUGGCCUUUUUCAUCUCAUGGCCAGAACAGAAAUUUCGCCCAAGAAACAGAAAACAAGUGCCCUUUAAUUUAAUUCAAAGACAGGGAAAAUUAUAUUCUGGUUACGUGAAUCUUAAGUAAACCAUUCAUGUUGCUUUGCCUCUGCUAUACAUUUUAUUGGUACAAUCUAUUCUUCCUAUUUUUCUCAGUUGUAACUGGACAAGUUAGUGCUGGGAUUCACUCAUAUUUAAACCUGGAUUUGUUAAUAAACCAAGUGGAAGCAUUAAGCCAGCUGCACCAAUAUUCAUGUAACUUUUCCUUCUUGCAGAACCUUUUUUUAAGUAGUGGUCCUGUACACUUCCCCUGCAGAUAGAGACAAUGCUGAGCCUCUCUCAAAUCCUCAAAGUGAAGGUUAAAAAGAAAAAUAUCCUGACAUACCACUCAAGUUGACUUUACCCUCUACUUCAGGCAGAGGGCAAAUUAUUCAGUUGACAACUGAAAUUGGAAUCAAGAUUCAACAUGACUGCUUAGUAUUGCAGUGAAGACAGGAAGUUGGACAUAUAUAUAAUAAUUAUUAACUCUAUCUUAGUUGCACUGGAGAAUAAAAUACUGUGUCAUUUUAAGCGCUAUUUCACUGGGACAUUAUUGUAGUGUUCCAGACAUGAUUGUGCAUUCAAAAUACUUGACAGCACUUUUGUUCUGCGACAUGUUUAAGUUUUGAAAAAAAUAUGAAUAGAAAUUUCUAAAAAUGAAGAUCGUGAGAAAGAUCUGAUUUUGAAAAUAAAUGUAGGUUACACCUUCA